UGCGUUUCUCGGCCCGUUGCUGCGUUUCUGUGAGCGUUGCUGCGUUUCUCGGUGUGUUGCUGUAAAUGCUCACCUUGAUGACUAAUGUCUCUGCCUGUCAUAUUCCAUGUUUAUUCCAUUUGUCUCUCACUAGAUUCUUUCGUUAAUUCGUUGUAGCUGAAUGUUCGUGUUUCUCGUAGACAGAGCAGUGUGAAGGUGAAGUUUUCCUGUGAGACUCUGGCUGAGCAGCUGGUGGUCUGGCUCACCUCAGAAGGGUUCACCCUGAAGGACCUGGAGUCGGUCCCCUUUGGCGUGGCUCUGCCCAUCAGAGAGGCCAUCUACCGCUGCCGCGAGCAGCCGUGUUCCGAUUGGUCGGAGGAGGUCUGUCUGCUGAUUGGGCGACAGGAUCUGACCAAACAAGCCCACAAGAUGACCCUGGCCAAGAGCAAAGCCUCUGUUGGUUUAGGUCUGUCCUUGGAGCCUCCGGUGGCCACAGAGGCAGACGAGGAGGAAGACGGGAUGUCGGACAUCAUUCAGGAGGUCACAGGACUGAUCUGGAGUCAGGAUCUCAGGGUCCAGGAGGUCCGGAGGCUCCUGCAGAGCUCCAGGCCGGUCCGGGUUAGUGUUGUCCAGCUGCCGGAGGUUUCUGACCACGAGUACAUAGAGGAGAAGGAGAACAAGUGAGUGUUCAUUCUCCUCAGAUUAUCAUCUUUACGACGGUCCUUGAACACAUCAUGUGUGACGAACGGUUCCAUCAGAAAAAGCAGC